AUGGCAGACUCUGGAGUCUCCAAAGGAUCUUACCGACAAGAGUCCUUUUUUCCAGCUCUCAAUUUGAGCUCGAAACGGCUUAGACCAGGUUUACCAGCUUCAAGAACAUCUUUAUCACAACUUAAGCUGAAUUUAUUGACUGACGGGAAACAAUGGGAAUUCUUGGAAGAUUAUGGGAUUGAAGAGCUGAGAAACGGGUUCUUUGACCCAAUUUUCACCAAACAUGAAAAUGUUCAGAUGGAUUUUGACCAUGAAGACGCUGUAGUGAACUCUUCAAGUCAGCAUAUGUCCGAUCUAAAUUCGUGGAUAUCGCAGCAGCAAUAUCAACUUAGGGGAAACUGGAAAAGAAUGCUCAAGUUUUGGAUCGCCUUUUUUUCGGCAUUUUGCAUAUGUCUAGUGCGGCCUUCAGGAUCGUGGAUAGGCCAAGAAUUCAGGUACUUCAUGCCUUUGGCGGUUGUCAUCCACCAUCCAGCAAGAAACGUUGGAGUUCAGCUGGAAAUCAGUUUGUGGUCUGUCCUAGGUGCCGCUUUAGGAAUGGGGUGGUCAAGUCUAGCGUGGUACAUCUCCGUCGCUACAAAACCAGCGGCUCACCAUCAAGGUGGCCUUUUGUUCGGCAGUUUAUUCAUUGCAAUUUACUUAUGCUCUUGGCUCAUGGCAGCCAACCAGAGGCUGUUGUACCUCUCCAUGUCUUAUGGCAUUGCAGUCACCUUUUUCCACACGGUCAGCUUGGUAGGAAAUAAGUCCCUUUUGAACUGGAAGCUGUAUUGGGACUUUGGAAUGUCCUAUCUCUUUGGUCUCAUAUUGUCAUUCCUAGUUUGUGUACUGAUCUUUCCUUAUGCCGGCCAAGCAGAGAUCGUCGGCAAGCUCUCGUCUUCGCUCACUGCAAUCAAGCACUUGUUGGUCAAACUUCUUGAUCCAACUGACUGCGUCAACCUCCAAGACCUACAGGCGCUUCAGAAAACGAUUGGAAAAACUGUUGAUUUUGAUGUCUCGGAGGGAAUGCGAGAGUUCCUCAAUCAGGUUACAUUGGCUAGAAUGGACGAAACAUCACUUUUGAAACUUCGCAAUGGUCUCACCAAUGUCGCUGCACCCUUCAGAUCUCUACCGGUUGAUCACAAAUUGAUAACAAAAUUGGAACUCGAAGCAUACUAUUCUGAACGUACUAAAAAAGCCAGCGAGAGGACAGGUAGCAAUUCCCUUGGUGCGACUCCGGUCCUCGAGUCUUCAAACCUACCGUCGGAUGUUGUUGGCGUAGAGAGCCAGACUUCAGACGAUUUUAAAGGUUACAACGAGGAUAUAUUCUCAGCUAUACUGAGAUCAAUAUUCUCUAAGGAUAUCAUUACCCUAAUGGUAGAAAUGGUGUCCUUAUUGGAAAGCUUGGAAAUUUCGUUGAAGGCUUUGACUCAUGUCAGGAGCUCUGGUCAUCGUCGACAAGAAGUCAAAGAGCUUCUAGAAAAUCAUGUCAACAGACUCGGUAGGAAAAUUCACGCUCUGGAUCUUUGUUACAGCGACUUUCUCAAGUCAACUCAUUUCUCAAAAGAGAUGCUGUUUGACUCUCAGUCUAUUGAUUCUUUUGUUUUCCUAAGGUAUGUGAGGCAAAGUGCUAAGAAUCUGAUCCCAGUUGCGGAGUGCGUUUUGGAGAUGAGUUCCAACCCAAGCUGGAAGCUUGCGCUACCCCAUUACCCGCUGAAAAGAGCGCUGAAGCGGCUGCCUACUGAGUGCAGUAUUGAUCAAGGUGCCAAAACUAUCCUGCAUUAUUACCAAGCGAAGAAAGAUGUGGACGACAUAUUUGAACAGAUUAGCAACAGUUUCACAUCUAACCACAAAGCUCCGGCAGAAUUGGUAGCGCAAGACAGAAAAGGCCCAGUCAUUGUCAGGGCCGUGGAUCACAAAGACUUCAGUCUUCGUACAACCAUCUAUCCUUUGCGCUACAAGCUAUGGCGCAAAUACUCACAAAUCUCGUCACCUGAAAGUAAGUGGGCUUUGAAGGUAGCAUUUGUGAUGACCUUUUUGUCACUACCUACCUGGUUGGAGCAGUCAUUUCACUGGUAUCAAGCUUAUAACUGCUGGUGGGCACCGUUAUCGUUUUUCAUAUUGGCGAACCGCAGAAACACCGGAAACUGGGCUUCAUUUGGCAGACGACUAGCUUCGGCUAUAGUUGGAAUAUUUUGGGGAUGGUGUGCAAACCAGGCUCGCCAUUUUGGAAGCCCCUACGUGAUUGCCACUUUUGCUUCGAUUUUCUGCUUCUUUCUGUCAUUCAACUUCUUUGUGAAAGGUAAUAGGAAGUCUAGCUUCACUGGAUUCAUGUGUUUCAUAGUCAUAGCGCUGGAACCCUAUAGCAAAGGUGCGGCCCAAUUGAGUCAAGCUUUGAUUUGGAAAAAUACCUGGGUGACUGGGGUUGCUCUUCUAUGCGGCAUUCUUCCGUCAAUUCCCAUCAAUUGGAUACUUUGGUCAUUCACAGCUCGACAUGAGCUUAGACUUUCCGUGGCCUCUUUGCUCGGCCACAUUAGUCACUCUUACCAAAUUGUCACAGACAGGUAUCUCUACAGGGAUGCUGGUGAUGCCCCCAACGAGCUUACGAAGAAAUACUCUAACAUUCGUGAGGUACGCCUGUCACAAAGUUUGAUAGCGGUUCGAGAGAUGCUGCGUAAGGCACGGACAGAACCAACUUACAUUUUUGUGUUCAAAGCAGACAUCUACCAGCAGUUAUUGGACGUAUGCGAAUUUCUACUCGAGAAGAUGAUAGAGGCCAGGUUAUCCGGUCAGUAUUUCGAGGUAUGGGAAGUUGACAAAGAUAGUGGUGUAUCGAGGGCUCUUUUAUCUCAUCGCCGUGACAGUGUGGCGUCUGUGAUUUUCGUGCUCUACAUGAUUUCAAACUGCUUUCUCUCCACUCAUAGGGUCCCUGCUUACCUGCCCAACACGAUCAUGUCGCGGAAAAAGCUGUUUGAUCUAAGUUCGCAGCUGGAAUCUUCGAUGAGUGACUCCUCUCGCGUUACCACGGCAGCAGACAAGAGCGAUGAGCCAAGUGAAGGUUCAGGCCACGAAGACACGUCGCAUUGGGCUCAUAUUCACGGCAUGGCUUUUGCACGUACGUUCACCGAGAUCAGUGAUGCCGUGCAGAAAAUCGUUCACCUCAGCAGAGAGAUUUUGGGCGAGACUGCUACCGGUCGGGAUACCACGAAGAUCCAUAAUUAUGUGCAAUGA